AUGUUCAUAAUCAGUUCAAUUGUAUUACUUAGUUUUAUAGCUAUACAUAAAUCACGUAUACAUCAUGUAGAUCCUUGUUCGAAUCCUGACAACAUUCAUAGAAACUGGAAAAUAGAACAAACAAUUAUUCCAUUAAAAUCAUCAAUUCAUCAUUCCAAUGAUCAACAAACUUUAUUUACUGAACCAACACAAUUAACAAUUUGUUUAAGUCUUAUGUAUAUUCUAUUUGAUUUAGCUGAUCUUAUUGAAUGGUUCAAUGGUAAUAUUAUAAUACCAAAUUAUAUUCAUUCAUUUAAACAACAUUUCAAUACAAAUUUCAAUGAAAAUUAUAAUAUUAAAACAAAUCAUUCAGGCUUAUUACCACUACUAACAAAUACAUUAAAUAGUAGUAUGUUAUUAACAAAAUCUAUGAAUCAACUAUGUUCUAUUCAAUUUAUAUCUGGCUUAUUAAGAAUAUGGUCUAGUCAAAGAUUCCUAUUCAUAUUACCAAUGUUAUUAUAUCAAUCAUUGAAAUAUCGACAUUUAAUCAAAUACUAUUUCACUUAUUAUUUUCAUACAUUGAAAAUCUUACAUUGGUGUAAAUUUAGUUAUAGUUCAUCAAUCUAUAUAGAACAAACAUUGAAUACAUCAAUGGAUGAUAUAAUUCAAACUGAAUUGAAUGAAAUGAAAACUACUGAUGAAGAAAUAAGUAGUGAACAUCAUCAUCAACAACAACAGCGACGACAACAACAACAACAACAGACUAUAAUGAAAGCUGAAUAUCAAGAUGAGUAUCAAAGAAUUCCUAGUCUUUAUUGUUGUUCAUGUAUUCAUCAAACUAUUCUAUCAAAAUGA